CACCUCCUGUGAAGCCCUGGUUCAAAUUCAGACGCCGCGGCCUGGCUCGCUUGCCUGCCUCAGCGAGACGGUCCCGUGGCUGGAGGUGAGUUCUGUGCUGCGUGGAGACAUCGCUGAGGGCGACGGCAGCGAGGCGAAGAAGGCCGACGCGUGCGGAGGCGCGAACUGAAGCGGCUGCAGGAGCCGGAGGGCGGGGGCAAUGGCUGAGGAAAACUGCGAGAUUGAUGGCAUCAAUUUCCCCUUUCCCUACAAACCCUAUCCUAUCCAGAAGGACUUCAUGGCAGAGCUCUACAAGGUUUUAGAUGCUGGCAAGAUUGGGAUAUUUGAGAGUCCAACUGGCACGGGAAAGUCCUUAAGUCUUAUUUGUGGGGCCCUGUCCUGGCUCCGAGACUUUGAACAGAAGAAACUGCAAGCAGAGGCUCAUCUUCUUGCAUCUGGAUCUGACUCCACAAGUGGUGGGAAGAACUCACUCCCAUCUUCCUCAUCUUGCCAAGAACCCUGUGACACCCUGAGGCCUGCUGGAGAACCUGACUGGGUCACUGAAUUUGUUCAGAAGAAAGAAGAAAGGGAGCUGGUGGAAAGGCUGAAGGAGGAGCAGGUGAAGAGGAGGAAGCGAGAGGAGCGUCUGCAGCAGGUCUGCCAGGAUGGAAGGCUCAGGUUUGCAGCCAAGCGCAUGAAACAGGAAGAAGAGGAGACGGAAACGCUCCUGCGCCUCAGCAGGGAGAUGCUGGCUGCAGGAACAGGACCAGAGCUCCUAGAGCAGCUGGAGUGUGGGGAGGAGGAGCUGGUGCUGGCAGAGUAUGAGAGUGACGAGGAGAGAAGAGCCAGCAGAGUGGAUGAGGAUGACUUGGAGGAAGAGCAUGUAACCAAGAUUUAUUACUGCAGUCGGACACACUCACAGCUGGCCCAAUUUGUGCAUGAAGUGCUCAAGAGCCCUUUUGGCGAGGAAACACGGCUAGUCUCCCUGGGCUCUCGGCAGAACCUUUGUGUGAAUGAAGAUGUGAAAAACUUGGGUUCUGUGCAACUUAUGAAUGACCGCUGCGUGGAUAUGCAAAGAAGCAAACACGAGAAGAACAGAGCCGGGGAAGAGAAGCUGAAGAGAAAGAGACAGAAGAUCCAGACCUCUUGCCCCUUCUACAACCAUGAGCAGAUGCAGCUUUUUCGGGAUGAGGUUCUGCUGAAGGUGAAGGACAUGGAGCAGCUUGUGGCCCUUGGGAAGGAGGCCCGGGCCUGUCCCUACUAUGGAAGCCGCUUUGCUGUCCCUGCAGCUCAGCUGGUGGUGUUGCCAUACCCAAUGCUGCUGCAUGCAGCCACCCGGCAGGCUGCGGGAAUCAGGCUGCAAGGCCAGGUGGUGAUCAUUGACGAGGCACACAACCUGAUAGACACCAUCACCAACAUCCACAGCACAGAAGUCAAUGGCUCCCAGCUCUGCCAGGCCCACUCUCAGUUGCUCCAGUACAUGGAAAGAUACGGGAAGCGUUUGAAGGCCAAGAACCUGAUGUACAUCAAGCAGGUCCUGUACUUGCUGGAGAAGUUCGUGGAUGUUUUGGGAGGUAACGUUAAACAAAAUCCUAGUACACAGAGCCUGCCCCAGACAGGGUCUGAGCUGAAGAGCAUCAACGACUUUCUCUUUCAGAGCCAGGUAGACAACAUCAACCUGUUCAAGGUGCAGCGGUACUUGGAGAAGAGCAUGGUCAGCAGGAAGCUCUCUGGCUUCACAGAACGUUUUGGAGCUGUUCUUCCAUCCCUCGGAGCCUCUCAGGAGAACUGCAAUCUGGAUGGCUUCCAGUACUUCCUGAAGAGCCUGCAGUCAGGGCCUGAGGAGUCCCUAGAGGAAGGCCAGUCUGCAGCCCCACGGCCUGCCUCCCCACUGAUGCAUGUUGAGGCCUUUUUAGCAGCUCUCACCACUGCUAACCAAGACGGCAGGGUUAUCCUGAGCCGCCAAGGAAGUGUUGGUCAGAGCAGCCUCAAAUUCUUACUCUUGAACCCAGCUGUGCACUUUGCCCAAGUGGUGAAGGAAUGUCGAGCAGUGGUCAUUGCAGGUGGCACCAUGCAGCCGGUAUCUGACUUCCGGGAGCAGCUGCUGGCAUGUUCUGGAGUGGAAGCUGAACGAGUGGUGGAGUUUUCUUGUGGUCAUGUGAUUCCUCCAGAAAACAUCUUGCCCCUUAUUAUAUGCAGCGGGCCCUCUAACCAACAGCUGGAAUUCACCUACCAGAGGAGAGAGCUGCCUCAGAUGAUGGAGGAGACAGGCCGGAUUCUCUGUAACUUGUGCAACGUGGUCCCCGGAGGGAUGGUAUGUUUCCUCCCUUCCUAUGAGUAUCUGCUCCAGGUUCAUGCUCAUUGGGACAAGACUGGCCUGCUGGCACGUCUGUCUGUCAAGAAAAAGAUAUUCCAAGAGCCCAAAAGAGCAAGCCAGGUGGAGCAGGUGCUGAUGGCGUAUUGCAAGUGCAUUACGUGCUGCAGUCACACAGGAGGCCAUCUGACAGGGGCCUUGCUCCUCUCCGUGGUUGGAGGGAAGAUGAGUGAAGGGAUCAACUUCUCUGAUGACUUGGGCCGGUGUGUGGUGAUGGUGGGGAUGCCAUACCCCAACAUGAAGUCUCCAGAGCUGCAAGAGAAGAUGGCCUACUUAGACCAGACCCUUCCUAGGAUACAAGGUCAGCCACCCCCAGGGAAGGUGUUGGUGGAGAAUCUCUGUAUGAAGGCUGUUAACCAAUCCAUAGGCAGGGCCAUCAGGCACCAGAGGGACUUUGCCAGCAUUGUGCUCCUGGAUCACCGAUAUGCACGGCCUGCUGUUCUAGCGAAGCUACCAGCCUGGAUAAGAGACCGAGUGGAGAUUAAAGCCACCUUUGGCCCUGCCUUUGCUGCUAUGAGUAAGUUUCAUCGAGAGAAGUCACAACGCUCUUUGGUGUAGGCCUCCCUUUUAUUCUCCCUGCCUGACCUGGCCUUUGUAUUUGGCUUCAGAAGGACUAAACCUUCUGCAGACUGCCAUGUCUACAGCAGCCUUCCAGAGGCAGUGGACUCCAGUGUUCUGACUUACAUAGAAAAGCCACCAGGACAAGUCCUGAUCGUCCUGCAGGAACUUGGCGUGGGCCACCUCAUUUCCUAACUGACUCUUACCAUAAUGCCUUUCUCCAUGGCUUCAGGAGGCUGUGGGAGCAGUAGCUUUCUGGCCUUUUCGAGGGCGAGCUCCACCCUGCCUCUGUCCUUUCUAGGGACAGUAAGCCAUUCUGGGCCUUUGACUCCCAUUUCAACCACAGAUGUCCCGCUUCGGCUUUACUGACUGCUCCACUCUAGUAAGAGUAGGGCCUGUCACUUGGCUCCUGGUCUUUCUCAAGCCAGCAGGGCCUCUUUCCUUCAGGCCCCUGAGAAGAUCCUGAUGCCACCACCCCUACCAUGGCCUCAGCAGCAAUGCCAGUUUCCUUAGACUCUCAGCAUGAUUAAUGUAGAGUCCACCAGCCUGACUGAGGCAUUUUAGAUUGUGUAGCUGUUGCCCCAAUUCAUCUCUUGUUUGAACCCAGAGAAAAUGCUCCAUUCCCUCCCUCAGACAUUGUGUCCCUUUGAGACUCCGGGGCAAGAGUAAAGCCCACAUUGCUGAGCCAUCCAUGUCUAUCUGGCAAGGCUGCCCUUCAUUUUCUAAGGGCAGUGUUCACCUGGGCUGAGUCCUGGAGUUGCCAUUCUUUUUCAUUGUGUGUUGUUCUUUUCUGAAUCCUAACACGGGUAAGCAAAGUUUGCUAGGGAUUGGGCAAGUCAGGUAGUGAGACAGUGGAUCGACCCAUGGUACACAAGGCCCUGCUCCAUGAAAAGGGGUGAGGCAAGAUGCAGGACAGUUACAUAGCCACUUGGCCCUCUGUGGACAGGGGAGCUUUAGAGGUCAGCAUGCCCAGUAGUCUUCAGGGCUGUUCCUGCUGGAGUGUUGUGAGGAAGGCUCCAUCCUUUCUAGGGGCUGCUGGUCCACAAGGAGCAUUACAUCUUUGUUGGCCAGAUUAUAUAGUGUUUCAUAUAUUCACAUGUUCUGAUGUAACUGGUGAGGGUGGCCAAUGAUGCUUCCUUAAUCUAUUUUGAUUUCUUUAAAUUCAGACAGGGAACAUCUGAGCCUGCAUUGGGAUCCCAAGAGCCCCACUAUCAAUCUAAGGGAAAACAUCCCACAAGGAGCUGGCACUCCCUACAGAAGGCUACCUGUUUUGAGGGCUAAUUUAGAAUAUUCAGGAUAGAGUGGGGACUUACUGUCAAAAUUGAAAAGAACGCUUUAAGUACAGGGAAUUCUUUCCAUACAGAUUUCAUCCAUACUUCUGGUAGAUCCCUACC